AUGCAAGCUGAGGAGCUAGAAUUAACUUUGACUGCUACGGAGUUGGAGUACUCAAUGAGAUUGGCUACCUGCAACGGUCUCGUAUGUUUUUACAGGGAGUAUCCAGUACUUAUGUGGAACCCUGUUACGAAAGAAUCCAUAAUGCUCUCCAAGGCUAGGAUUGACGAAAAGGUGGAGUUUGCGAAUGCAUGCGGAUUCGGAUAUGAUGCGGAAAAUAAUGAAUAUAAAGCGGUUCAAUUGUUACGUCGCCCCUCUGACUCUUCAUUGGAGUGCAUGGUUCUGAACAUAGGUACCAACAUGUCAUGGAGACGAAUCCAACAGCAAGACAACUUUCUUCACCAAAAUCUCAAGGAUGUUGACGACAGUCCGGAAUCAAUAUUUUUCGAAGGAUCCAUAUACUGGUGGACUUACGAUGACAUUGUGUGUUUUGAUGUUACAGCUGACACAUUCAAAAUGGUUCCUGCACCGGCAGCUGUAGAGAAGAGUACACGUCCUCAUCAUCUGCAGCCGCGUCAUGACGAUAGCACAACAUCGCACAUGGUUGAACUAGAUAACAGUCUUUGUUCUGUGGAACUCUAUAUUUGUGGUGGACUGAUGGAUAUAUGGAUGAUGAAGAAGGACUGCGUUGACAUGACAAAUCUAUGGGUCAAGGCAUAUUUUAUUGAUCUGGAUCCUAUUAAUUUUAAGAGGCCACCUUUUCAUAUUAGGCCUUUUUGCGUUCGAGGUAAGAAGAUUUAUCUCAAUUGCAGGUACGGAUUGGCUUGUUAUGAUACGGAAACUAAAGAAUUUGAGAUGGUUUUCACCAAAGAAGCUCAUUGUUAUAAUUAUGCUGUUGCCUACACAAAGAGCACUGUUUGUCUGAAGGAUAUAGUUGGCUCAAAGUGUGUCAGCACAGCACACAUAGGAGAGUGUGAGGCAUGCCGUGCGCUGUGCCAUAUUGCGCCAAGGAUCUAG